AUGUGCAAGCUAGCGAAAUGGGGAAAGUUCGGGAGCUUGGGAGAGGGCCAAGGGAUCUUAAAGCAAGAUGAAGUGCAGGUUACUGACAAUGUGCAAAUCUUAAAUGAUGCACAAGCAGAAGCAGUCCAGGUUCAGGUCCUCAGUCAGUCCGGCCAGCAGAGUUCGGAACAACAGCUUCAAGACCCUUCUCUUUGCUGGGAAGGGUUCCUGCCAACCAAGUCUCUCAAGGUUUUGGUAGCGGAAGAUGAUGAUUCAACUCGCUGUGUCAUUUGUGCAUUACUGCAGAAGUAUGGCUAUGAAGCUGUAGCUAGUGGACUGCAAGCUUGGAGUAUAUCAAAAGAUCAUAGUAAUCAUGUCGAUCUUGUUUUAACUGAGGUUGUCAUGCCUGGUCCAUCAGGCAUUUACCUCCUAAGCAAGAUGAUGAGCCACAAAACUCGCAAGGAUAUUCCUGUGAUUAGUGAGUAUAUUUCUCAGACAUUUUUGUCCAUAAAACUGAGGAUCCUAAAACUGAUUACCAAUAGAACAUUUAACAACUUAAUUGACACUAUAGCUGCUAAACCUGGUGAGUUUUGUGCAAUGAUGUCAUCUAAUGAUUCUUUGAGUAUGGUGUUUAAGUGUCUAUCGAAGGGUGCAGUUGACUUUUUAGUGAAGCCUAUUCGAAAAAACGAGCUUAAAAAUCUUUCGCAGCAUGCUUGGAGGAAAUGCCGGGGCUCCAGUGGUAGUGCAAGUGAAAAUGGUGUCCAGACUCAAAAAACUACGUCGACAAGUGUUGAAGAGUCAAACAAGAACACUGGCAGUAAUCAUGAAGAUGACAAUGAAAUCAUUGGUGUUAAUUCUAGGGAUGAAAGUGACUAA